AUUAUAUAUAAUUUGCUUUGUCCUAUUUGGGUUUUGUUUCUUGAUCAUGCUAGUGAUGAUUUUUGAUUUACCCUAGGGCCAAAUAUAGUUCUUUCCCUAAUUAAUUUCUUUUAUGACCGUAGUGUCAGGGUCAGUUUAGUGCAGCUAGACUAAUUCUUCGAAAUAGUGUCACCUCUCACCACCACUCACAUAGGAAUUAAUCACCUGGUGUUGAAAGUCUGGGUUUUGAAGUUCGGUUUCAAAAAGUCUGGGUUUUGAAGUUACCUAUUAUAUAUAAUUGCUUUUGCCUUAGUUGGUAAUGUUUCUUGAUCAUGGCAGUGAUGAUUUUUAGUUUUUACCUAGGGUGAAAUAUAGUUUUUUUUUUCACUAAUUAAUUUUUUGUAUGACCGUGCUGUCGGGUCAGUUUUCAUGCACCUAGACUAAUUUCACGGGAUAUCUGCCACCUCUCACCACUAGUAACACAGGAAGAAAUCAACAAGUGUUUUUUUUCUUGGGAUUUUGAACCUGAGGCCUAACGGUUAUCGCCCAGUUAAUUGACCCCUAGGCCACACCUUUUAGCGCAAGUGUUUUCCCUAAAUACUUGCUGUUUUCUUUUGUGGGGUUUGCUUCUUGACAAGGAUGCAGAUGUUUAUUUAUUUAUUUAUUUUUUGUGAAGAAUUUAUGGGUUUAUUGUUGUAUUUUAUAUAGAGUUUUGUUGGUCUGUUUUUCAUAUUUCUAUAUUUUGUACUUUAUCUUUUGAUUGGAUGGAUAGAUUAUAGGGUUUUAGGUGAAAGUUUCUUGCUUUCUGUUCUGUUCUGUUUUUUGAUGAAUUAUUUCAUGGGUUUGGAAUUCUUUUGUUGGAAAUUUGGUAUGAUGUGUAGUUUGGGUAAUGAGGAAAGUCUUAAAGUUUAACCUUUUUGUUGACUUUGGCUGACCAAAAUAGCUUUGGAAUCUUGAUAGUUGCAGAUAUUCCAUUCUGUCCAUGUGUAGGCCAAAAGUUCAUCAAAAUACAUGAAGCUUAUGCUCAAAAGAAAUUAUACCUUUACAAGUCUUUUAAGGGUUUUGUAAGGUGAAGUCGUCAGAAAGCUACUCGAUUAAGGAACCCCUUAGAUGCACUUUGCUGCCAUCAUCUCAUAUAAAAAGUUCGUUCCUUGUUUUCUAUGCAAUUGUCCAAAUAAUUUGUUUUUGCUAAUGGAUUUGUGAAACGAUGGCUGAAAGUUUUUGAUUAUUGGAACCUGGGAGAGUGUAUCUUGUUCAUCCAGUGUUUACCAUGUUUAGGUGAUCGCACUGUGUUGCUGAUAUUAUUGUUCCUUGCACUACUUUCCAAUUAGUUGUCAUGUUUUUCCUACUGCCGUUUUCCCUUUUUAUUACUACUUUGAUGUGCUUCACCUGUGCUGAGGGUCUUUCGUAAACAUCCUCUCUACCUCCCAGGAGGUAGGGGUAAGGUCUGCGCACUCUACCCUCUCCAGAUCCCACUUUCUGGGAUUUCACUGGGUAUGUUGUUGUUGUUAUCGGGGAAAGCUUAUCUGGUGAGCCUAUAGAAAUGAUUUCUCUUCGUGAAUGGUGGACCGUUCAGCCUUAUUUGUAUACUUUUGCUUAAUUCAACGACUGUAAAAACAGUAGUAGUUUGGAUCAUCCUACUAUAAGAGUUGCCUAUUUAAAUAUAACAAUGUUACAAAUAGAUGAGCUUGUGCUAUCUAUAUUAAUUCAAAGCGUUUUGAUUUUGUUUCAAGUUUUGUUUAGAAGGACCGUCAUAAUUCAAGCAGAUGGCGAAUAUGCUUUUGCUAGAAUAACCCAAGAAAGUUGGGGCUGGCUAUAUGGAUCCUCGUUGUUUAAAAGUUAUAUCAUCUUCCAACAGUAACUUCAUUGAAUCCUUGGGAAGUUGUCAAAGUGUUAUGCGAUGGAUAUAAAAGGUAUAUCAUGGGUUGGAGAUAUAUACCAGAAAUUUGAAGCUAUGUGUUUGGAGAUGGAAGAUGCUAUGUACCAGGACACCGCUAGAUAUGUUGAGAAUCAGGUGCAGACUGUUGGUGCAAGUGUCAAGAGGUUCUAUUCAGAUGUAAUGCUAGAUUUGCAUCCUCAAUUUAACAUAGAUCCUGUGAAAGUCGCAGCUGCUGACCUGUCUCUUAACCCGUAUGCUCACACUGAAAUCGGCAAGAAGCUGAAAGCAAACCUUACAGGAGGACACCCCAGGGGAAUUAAUAAGGAAUUAGUUGAUGAUACUCAAGUGAUCAAGGGGAAAAGCAAAAGUGGGGGAGUUUAUAGACGUCAAAGUGUUGGGAUCAAAGAGAUUGUUAGAGAUAAUCAUCUUCCAUCUAAGAAGUCGGAUGCUCUCUGUCUCAUAUCAAGGGAUGCAGUUAAAUUGUCCUCAGAUUCUAAGGUUAGGGGAAAUUUUGAAAUGGCAUCUAACAUGACGACGACUUCACCCUUGGCCUCUGACCACAUGACAACAACUUCGCCCUUGGACUCUGUUAAAGGAUGUGAUUCUGCAGAGGCUGGAAAGGAGGUGCAGGUUUACAACCAUGUUAAGAAUACAAAUGUGCCUGCAGCAGUUAUCUCAAUUGAUGCUGCAGCUUCUGACACGAGCUUAUCAGUUGACUGUGUUGAGCAGAAUUUAGCAGAUCGCUGGAACACUUCUGAUGCUGCUGACUUGCAAUCAAACUCUCAUGCAGAUAGCGGUACACACAAGGAGUUGGCUGGUGAGACUGGAUUAAAGAUAAGCAGUAAUACUCAUGACGAUAAUAUUGCCAGUGAGGAGAUCAAGGAGUCCUGUAAAGGAAGAUCAGAUGGAUUUUGUUCUGCUACAUCCGAGAAGUAUGACUUGAUCGAGUCAGAUGUGGAAAUUGUUGAGCACUGUGAUGAAUCAAAGUUGGAGGAAACAUGUGUCCUGGUUGAAGCAGACAAGCUUCAUGUUCCACAGGGCUCAGUCAAACGGAAGUCUUACAAGAAGAAGCUCCAACAAGUAUUUUCUAUGAAAAAGAAGUCGACAAGGAAAGAGUAUGAGAAGCUUGGAGCAUUACUUGGAGAUCAACAGCCUAACCUAGAGGCUGAAGAAAAGGUGAUGGAGGUUCUUGCCAAAAGCUCGAACGCCAAAAAUUUGCCAUCAGCUAAUGAUCUAUCUGAACCUGAGUGGGAGCUUCUCUAGAUAUGAUGAUGCAUUGCUGCUGUAAAAUUGUAAUGAUGCUUUUGUCAAUCAGUAGAUGGCUCUGUACAGAAAAUCAAGAAUUGAAAGAUUAUGGUGCUGUUAUGAGAAGCCAAUUAUUUCUUUUUAAGAAAAGGUGAUCCAACUAAAGUGGACUAGAACUUUUAGACUGGUCCAGUAAUUUAUAAUCAGUUAUUUAAUAAUACACGGUGGCAAGUUGAAGUA